CUUGUCUCCAUCUUCCCCCAUUUUCUGCAUUUCUCGUCGUCACAGCCGUCGACAUGGCGAGUCUCGGUGGAGAGACGGUAACGAUUGAUCGUACCCAUUUCGAAACUAUGCUUCGGCGGGCGAAUUUUAACCCCGACGAGCUCACGGUUCCUCUUGUCUCGAUUUCCCAAUCCGAGUAUGACGAACUCAAGAAGAUCGCCGCCAAGUACGAACAUUUGUGCUACAAUCUGUUGAGGGGUGGUGUGGGCGAGGACACGAUCGGUCUACUUAGCAUGAAUGACGCUGCAAUUGAGCAGCAGAAGGACGGUUUUGCUACCGACUUCAUAUCACCGGCGUCCCGGCCACAGCCAUCUCGUGACGCGUCCAAUGGCCUUGUCAACUACAACCCACGGGCCCAGUCGUUUGCACACGUCUACCCUCAAGAGGCACAUGGCUGGGACGAUGUCGAAGUCCCCGAGGAUGGCGAAGAUGCAUCAAGCUGUGGGGGUGCUGUUAUCCCCAACAGCCAUCAAUCGAACGACCAGGACCGAUCGCGUCUAAACUACGAGCGUCAAUGUAAUAGAUCGCUUCUGCUAAGCAAUUUGGCGGAAGGUACUACCUAUUCGGACCUCACCAAGGUCAUACGAGGAGGUCUACUACUGAACGUCCACAUGAGGCCCCGCGAUCAUACAGCAGUGGUAGCUUUCCUGCAAGCUGCAGACGCUCAAGCCUUCUUUGAUCACAUCCGCCGCCAUGACCUGUACAUCAGACAAAAGCGGGUCGACGUCCGCUGGGACGAGCGCCGGUUCAUUAUGCCGGCUCAUGUCGCUAGCAACAUUCGUCAAGGGGCCACGCGCAACCUCGUCCUUCGCCGCUGCGACCCUGAUCUGACCGAAGCUGUCAUCCGGGAUGACCUGGAUCAUAUCCAUAAUCUGGUUGUUAUAAGAGUUGAGUUCCGGGGCGGAAGCUGCUAUAUCGAGACCAACUCGGUGCACAAUGCUAUGUUCGCCAGGACCUGCAUGAGGAGUCGAGGGAAAUACAAGCAAAAAAAGAUCGAAUGGGAUGUCGAUGAGUGCUGUCAGCCUCUUGAGCAACCCACCUACUCGGGGCCUCGGAACGGACACGCCAUCACCAAGAAGCGGAACUCCAGCAACAUGGCGAACCGAUUCGAUCUUCUCAACCUUGACGACGACGACGACGACGAAGAGGAGGGGUAGAGGGGAGGAAUGUCAAGGAUGAAGGAUUAUUCCUUCUGAUUUAAUCGAAUCCAAACCGACGACUAGAAUACCUGCCUGGGGAGCUGGUGCAGGAUGGAUUAGAAUUGCAAUCACCCACGAUGGCGCUGCAACUCUAUGCAGAUUCGACUUCUGGUAAUGUGCGUGGAUCGAACUACAAGAAGUCGGGACACCUAAGGGACUUGCUAUGAAAUAUGAUGCUGCGACCGGAAAAAAUCAUCGUUGUUUGUUCAGAUGCAUUUGGGCAGCAUUACUUACAGCGGAAUGUGCGUUUGGACUUAUGGGUCCCCUGUGGCUUUACCUAUGUCUAUCUGGGAGAGAGUUGUUGCCAAGACGGCUCAUGGUGUGUCUGAAAGUUCUGGUGAUCGGCUAAUUUGCCCACCUCAACUUGGUGAGUUUGAUGGUGAUGACAUGUUGUUGAUCAAUUUGGAUGACGCCUAAUUCCCUUAUUCGGCUCCCGUUGAUACUCGGCAUAUAUCUUUUGAAGAAG